AUGAAUAUUGGAGUCAUAUUGUUCUUAUGUGUAAUCGUACCAAUAUGUCACGGACAACAAUUAAUUACAUUUGGAACAGGAUUGUCCAGUCAAUGGUUAAAUCCAACGGAGACAGAAAUUUUCAGUCAUACUCUUGAUCCAUCAUCAACGUUUGGAGUAAUGACACAUUUUUGGACUACUGGAGAUCCAGCUAUUGAUCAAGCAGUAUGGUCUUAUUAUAUUGACGGAGAGACAAGUCCAUCGAUACAAUUUGUCACAUACAUGCUAGUUGGAGUCGGUUUCAAUGAUCAGCAAGCACCGUGGGGUACAAGAUGGAUAGGAAAAGGAGCGCAACUUGGUGGAUGGUUCAAUAAUUUUCGAAUUCCAUUUCAUAAAUCUAUUCGCAUAACCGGUCAACUACCAGCAUCUAUUCCUGAACGAAAAAUAUUUUACGUCAUUGUUCGUGGAACAGAAAAUUUGCCAACAAAUUUAGGUGGUUUCAUUUUACCACCACAAGCUAAAUUAAUUUUACAAAAAAUUGAAAAUGUGAAGUAUCAACCAAUCCAAUUUGUACCUAUUGUUAACAUAGCAAAUGGCAAUGGUCUUCUGUUUUUUCAUACUUUAGCUGUUACAAGUGGAAAUUUAAACUUUUUAGAAGGAUGUUAUCAUGCCUAUGUCGAUUAUAGCAUACCGUUUCCUGGAAUAAUUGUAAGUACGGGCACAGAAGACUACUUUGAUAGUGCCUAUUAUUUCAAUGCUGGACAAUUCCAUUUUGAUGUUUCUGGUUAUACACAUCAUAAAGAAGAAAACGGUACAGUUGAAUGGUCAGCGUAUCGUUUUCAUGAUCAAGAUCCAAUAUUUUUCACAAAUGGUUUUCGAUUUGAUUGGAGAAAUGGUGAUGUUGUGGAUGAUAACGGUUUUAAAUGUAUACUUGAAUCAGGUGGACAUCAAGCGGGUUCUCCAACAGAAUCAACUGUUACUUCGUACGCAUGGGUUUAUAUAUGGUAA